CACAGGUUCAGUUAUUUCUUUUGUCAAGACGCCGUCAUCACCCGAGUACAGUAGUCAUUCCGCUAGUUGGCAGGGCCAUAGAGCCAUUGCGACGCGCGUCAACACCAACGGUGUGAAAAUGCCAGAAACGUGCAUCAAGCCCUUCUUUUCUUGCCGAAAAGAGAUGCUGCUGAUAUUGCAUGAACAACACACGCUACCUUUUCCGUCUGAGCAUACCUAAUUUACGGAUACGGGCUCACGUCGUUUUAAACACUGCUUCUGGGCGAGACGCAGUGUGUUGUUCAUCAUAACCUGUAGCGCUCGUGGUGACGAUGUCAGAGUCAUCAUUUCAACGAUCGCGGAAACAGCAGCGCGGGCGCAUUCUUCUUUAGUUUGCGUGACAUGGAUUCGGAGCCUCGUCGCCGACCUCCGCAUUCCCCCAAUCCCUUGCAAGACGUAUGUUGGGCGGUGCGUUUAAGAACGACUCGGGAUUUCCCCGAGAGUUCCAAGCCAACUGCAGCUGUCUAAUGAAUGCUACCGAGAUCUCUUACCCGAGUUUGUUUUCCAUGGGUUCCCUUCAACAGCAUCUGCUGUCGUUGCGCUCCAGUCGUAGUAUAUUUAUGUCAGAAAAAACUCGCAAGAACUAACCACGUGUUCUAAAGCUUUCAGGAGGCGCCAUGGUGGGGACAACCGCUCUUCGAAUGCCCCGCGAACAGCUGGAGGUCAUGAUGCGGUGCGGUUAUACUUUUCUGCACCUUAUGGACUCACUUCUUUCUCUCUUCGGGUUAUACUCGCUGAUCAAUUUCGUCUUACCGGUCUGCUGCUCGUCGUCCUCAGGGGUUGCGCCGCCGGCUCCUCUCUGGCCCACGAUGAAUGCAGUGAAUUCUUCUGCCGACUACAGUCGGCAUCCUCUGUGCAGUCCUUCCCUGCGGCAGGAGUUGGCCAUUGCCGAUGGCGCUUUGGGUGACGAUGUUCACUCAAGUUGGGACGCUGCAAUCGAAAUCGAAUGCAUUGCAAACUUCAUCCUUUUAAUCGGUGCUCUUCUGAUGAGAGAAGCAACUAGCUUGUCCGUUUCAGCGGCAAAGGGUCAAGUGAAUGCUCAGACCCAUGACGUUGAUAGGUUUGCUACGAGAACGUGGCGUCUUGUCAGAUUACACAGGCUCAUCGGAAUGCUACUCUUCGGGAUCCUGCUGUUUUCCUGGACAUCUCACGUGUGGCGGGCCGCCCAGCUUUGUUCAGGUCACUUGGACGGUGGGGAAGAUUGGGACUAUUGUUAUGCCUCCUACAAUGCACUUUCUGGGCCCCAUUAUUUUGUUGUCACUUUCAUCCAUUGCGUGGUGCUACCGCAUCUCGUUCUCAAAUUGCUUCCUGCUGACUGAUUUCCGUCCAUGUUCCCGUUCAUCACAAGGUAGGAUGCGUCCCCUUUGCGAAUGUUUUUUGACGUUUCUUUUUGAUAGACAUCAACAGGACACAGUGAUAUUGAAGGCCGCGCAUGCUGCUUAUGGUCGGAUGCUUCACGCAGGGACUCAGUGUGUGAUUGUAACAGUGGUGUAUUACAACGCGAUGGUUCACAAUCCGCCCCACUGCUGCAUGUCAUUGUUGGGAUUUUCAUGAAUAGUUGACAAAUAUUGUUGUCACACCCGCGUGUACUCCAUGUGGGCGAGCAAUUCGUUCGCUUGCUGACGCGCGAUGAGGAACGCUGCUGGCGUUUCAUGACUUAGGCGGUCCACUCACAACAGUGCGGAGCCUCCGAGAACAAGAUGCGUGCAUCACGGCCCUGUUGGAGGAGAUAGCUAAACUGUGCCCGCUUGCGCGCGCCGUCUCGUGGCGAUCCAAAGCAGCAGACAAGCUGUGUGGUCAGAUCCUCUUCCCGGGAUACUCUAGGCAUCGAGCAGGUCCAUUAAGUGUCCUACGCAGUGCUGUCACUGGCUAGCAUGUUGCCUGUGACCAGGAAAGCGACAACUGGGGUGUUGAGAGCAAGCUGUAAGGAGGCGGUGGCCUCUGUGAAAUCUGCCAGAGCUCGUGCUUGUCACAGCCGCCGGUCGCCACGACCCAGUGUGUGAUUCCAUCAGCAAGCACAACAUGGAAAACAUAAUUUUGAUUUUCAGAAAUAAUUAUCAGGCGUUCAGUAGUUUUCCAUACAGUUACCAGUUAGUCAUCAACAGCCAUGGUCUCUUCUGGGUCAACGCUGUGGAGCGAUUUUCCAAGGCCAAGCGCCUGCAGCUCUGCAUCAUGACGCUUCCGCAUUGACGAAAUUUUCUCUUUAAUAAGUUUCCCAAGCU